AUGUUACAUUGUUCGGGCUGGUGUGAUUCUUAUAUGUGUUUAGGCUUCGUCGCCUUCGACUCGUUCAAGUCAAUGCUUCAGGAUGAGAAUGGAAAAAUAUCGGGGCCAAGGACAGUUAUAGCUGGUUUUGGUGCUGGAUUCACCGAGUCAUUGCUCGCAGUUACGCCGUUUGAAAGCAUAAAAACCCAAUUGAUCGACGACCGCAAAUCUCCUAAUCCGCGCAUGCGCGGGUUCAUUCACGGUAGCGGAGUGAUAUUUCGGGAGCGAGGCAUUCGCGGCUUCUUCCAAGGCUUUGUUCCUACUACGGCAAGGCAGGCGGCAAACUCGGCCACUAGGUUCUCGAGCUACACAAUGCUGAAACAAAUGGCGGAGGGUUAUGUUGCGCCUGGCGAAAAGCUAGGAACGGCGAGCACCUUUGCUCUUGGGGGCAUGGCAGGUCUGAUUACUGUAUACGUCACGCAGCCCCUUGACACGGUCAAGACUAGAAUGCAAUCACUAGAGGCGAGCAGAAACUACAAGAACAGCUUUGUCUGUGCGGCAAGAAUUUUCAAAGAUGAGGGCCUACUAACCUUAUGGUCUGGAGCUGUUCCCAGACUAGCGAGACUGAUCAUGAGUGGUGGCAUAGUAUUCACCAUGUAUGAGAAAUCCAUGGACCUGCUUGACUCCAUAGAUCCCGAAAGGAAAUAUCUAUAA